GGAAAAAUCCACCUCUACAAUCUAACAUCUUCGUCUCAGCUCCAUCUUCAAUAUCUCCAUCCCCAUCUUUGGCUUCGUGAUAUGACCGACGACAAUGCACGACAACAGCGGCACGUGGUGUCAUGGCGAGUAUAGUUGUUAGAAACACCGCUAAAUGAAUAUCCCGCGUCGCCUGAUCACGAGAUCUCUGACUUGAAGAGUUGACUUAAAAGCGCAACAAUGAAGGAGGAUUCCGUGUUGAGCUUCAAAUGGCAGAGCUUCCCGUCGCACAUGGUGGGCUCACUCGACACUUGUUACGAGAAACAGCAAUUUGUCGAUCUCUCCCUGGCAUGUAAGGACGAACAGGCAAAUGAUAUUGUUAAUAAAUUAAACCCUGAUAAACAUGUAACAGAAGAAGAGUUUCAAAAUUUUAUGCAUCGUGUCACUGAAGUGGAAAAAAUCGUGAAGAAAUUAGCAUCUUCCGAUCAACAAGAACAAGAAUGCGGGAAAAAGUUAGCCGAUGAAAUAUUAAAACAAGAUGUUCAAAAAGAAGUUUUUGGAGAUAGCGAGGUAAAAGUUAAAACUGAUCGAUCAGUAAUUAAUAAAUAUCCGUCAAAGGAACAUGAUUCAAAUGAUGAUCCGAACCAAAUGUCGCGAGAGGUAUUCAUGAAGAGCGUAGAAAACGACGCUAAAAAACGAGCUGAAGAACGCAAAAUUAGAAAUGAACGGGCGGAAACGUUAAAGAGAAUUGCAAACGGUGCAUUUAAAGAAGGUGAUUAUGAGAAGGCCGUGACUUAUUAUAGCAAAGCAUUGGAACAACGUAAAGACUCUUCUGUAUUGUGGAAUAAUCGCGCGUUAUCAUAUAUGAAUCUCGGAUUAUUCGAAAAAGCCUUGCACGACUGCGAGUGGACGUUAAAACUAAAUGACUCAAAUUUAAAAGCUCUUUUGUAUAGCGCUAAAUGUUAUAUACAUCUCAGAAAUAGGGAGAAGAGUAAAGAAUAUAUACGGAUGGCCAAAGAAAAGAAUCCUCAUUUCAACAAAUUUAUCGAUGAAUUUCAAGAAAAUAUAGAGCUUCAAUUUAACAAAUCUAAUGUUCAGAUAAUCAAUGAUGAAAUAUAA